CCAAACCAACCGGAAUCAACGUUAAAUAUAGCAUGUAGAACAGUUGUUUUUUCUUGUCAUUGCAUACUCUGCAAUUAUAGUAAAAGUGCAGACAUCAGGAAGCAGAGCAAAUCUAGUUUCGUGUUAAGCAGGUGUGGAUUGUGAAGAUGGAGGGAGAGCAUCCUCAUGAGGAGAAGCAGACUGAAACUGCUUGCUGUGCAUCCCAAUGUCCCAAAGAUGGAGAGGAAAGGCAGGGACAAGGGGCUAUGUUAUGGUCCAUCCAGGAGGCAAUGGAGAGGCAGACCAUGCAGAUAGGAGCGUCCGCUUGUGGGGCAACGGCCGUAGUGGAUGUCCUACAGGCCCUCGGCAUCAUUGUGGCACCCGAGACGGCUGACCGGUGUGUGCGGACGUGCCUGAGGAGGAACGAGGCGCCGCUGCCCGAUUACCUGUUCUCCCGGAGCGAGGCUGGCGCCACACACGCACAGCUGAUAGCUGGGGCGGAGCAGGCCAGUGGUGGGCGCGUGCUGGGUCGCCACUUCCCCCUCCACCCUCGCCGGCGGGUGAGGCUGGUACCCUGGCUGGCACAGUGGAUCCAGAAAGGGGCAGUGCCCGUGGCCACCAUGAACAUGCAGCUGGCAGUGCCAGAGGGAGAGGAGGUUCCCGACGCAUGGCACCACCAACUCAUCUUUGGGGUCGGACCCGACACUGUCUAUAUGACCAACCCCCUGGAUGUGGUGAGUGAGCGGGAGGUGCAUCAGCGACUCUGCAGUGAAUCUGUGUUGCUGAUACGUCGAGAGGAUGUGCUGCUGAGAUUGACAGCUGACGCCCCUCUGUCUAGCCUAUCAGACGACCAGUCUGACCCACGCUGGAAAGCCCUGGAUGUGGAGGGUCAAUUGAGGCAGAUGAUUCGUGAGGAAGACCAUGAUGACGAAGAUCAGUUUAGGAUGAGCCAUGUCGUGAUCCCCGCAGCGUACAGUUCAGGUGUGACGGUCUUCGCCCUCAGAGACUCAGACCAAGGACAGGAGCUUCUCCACACCCCUGAACUCCCUUUGCUUUGAUAUGGCUGGACAGUGGACACAUCAUUACCAAAAAUCUUGCUCUGAUUGGACAAUGGAUCUUUGACCUUCGCACUAUUGUUACUUGUAUUCUGUGAGGGGAAAUGUUCAGAAACUGGUGAUAGAAAUGUCAUUAAUAGAGCUAACAUGGUUCCUUAUUCUACAGGUAAGAGAGGCUUGUCUGUUCUACAUAUUAUAUUUCUAUCUGAACAUCCAACAACGUUGCACUCUGCUGAAUGUGCCCCAGGUGUAUUCAGUGAGGUGAAACACUCAAAAACAAAAAAGAAGCACUCAAAAACUGUAGAAUUGAUAGAGCUGACUCAAUUUCCUAUUCAGACACAACUAAUAAUUCUGAUAUGUCUAUCUACAGUGGGACAAAAAAGUAUUUAG